AUGAGUGCCCCAUUUACUCUCGUUCGUGGCUCAACAAGGCCAGCCUGGCCCCACUUAUUCACUCCCACUGGCACGAACGAGAACGCCUCGGGUACUAUUACGGCCUUCCAAGCCGCCCAAAACUCAUCGCCCGUUCAAGUUCCAGUACCACGCCAUGGAGUGCGCGCCGCGAAUGGCCAGACCGCAAGAAGCUCGAUGUUGCCACAGGGCACGCGAUCCAACAACCAUGGAAUGACCCGCAAGGAUGGAUCUCUUCAGCGCCUCGUCGUCGGCGUGCUCACUCGCACGAGCAUUGACUGGACCGCUAUUGACAUCUUGCGCGUUGGGUAUGUAAGCUUCGGGGAUGACUAUCGGCGGAUACCAGAGCGCCCUGUCACCAUGCUCAUUUCCGUUUCCACGGACUCGACCACGUUCCAACAGGCAGAAGCAGCGAUCAUCGCCUGUAAGGAAAUACUGGCCAGAUUCAAUCUCGAGGACAUCGAAGUCGAGAUUAAAGAAAGCAUCAUCACUACCGCCUCCUCGAGCCCAAGCUCAGCUCAGUCCGACCCGACUACUAGCCUUGGCAAGGAGGCCCCGCGCCUCCACCCGGGCCCUUUUGACAACGACAUACUUGACAAGAAAUACGACGCCCUCCGCGACAUCUCAGACGAUGGGAAGGCAUACGUACUCACAUGUCGUAAAGUUCUUUUUGCGGCGGAAGACAUCGAGGAGUACCGACACCAGUAUGCGAACAACACCAGGGAUGUCCUUCAGCCAGGAGGCGAAACCCUCAACAAGUUGACGGCGCACUUCGACAGAGACAAAGCAACAAAUGAUGAAUGCAUUCAGAUCUUCUCAGAGCCUUUGCACAAUACCCCAGAAAACCAACCACAGAUCAAGUGGCAUUUACAAUAG